UAUUUGGGUUAACCAAGUAAUAGUAUCAGGGUUAUCAGUUUCAGAAGCUUUAAUUUCUGAAAAGGCUCGUUAUUUUGUGACUGUUAUGGGUAUAUCCGAAGAAGAUAUGAAAUUUUCUAACGGUUGGUUAAAUGGAUUCAAACAAAGAAAUAAUUUAAAGGUGUAUAAAAUACACGGAAAGGCUAAUGAUGCACCACUUGAAUUAUUACCAAAUAUGCGAGCCGAAUUAAGAACUUUAAUUGCAAAGUAUCGACCUGAAGAUGUAUUUAACACUGAUGAGACAGG